GGAGCGCAGCGGCGGAGAAUCACAGCAGCACAAACCCACUGCGCUCAUGGCAUCAAGGAGAAUGGAGACCAAACCAGUCAUAACCUGCCUCAAAACGCUCCUUAUCGUCUAUUCCUUCGUGUUCUGGAUCACGGGGGCGAUCCUGCUGGCAGUGGGAUUAUGGGGGAAAUUCAUUCUGGGUCCGUACAUCUCUCUGAUCGCUGAGAACUCCACCAAUGCUCCCUACGUGCUCAUCGGGACCGGCACCACCAUCAUCGUGUUUGGACUGUUUGGAUGCUUCGCCACGUGCCGCGGGAGUCCAUGGAUGCUGAAACUGUACGCCAUGUUCCUGUCUCUGGUGUUCCUGGCCGAGCUGGUCGCUGGCAUCUCAGGCUUUGUUUUCCGUCAUGAGAUCAAGGGCACCUUUAUGAGGACGUACAACGAGGCCAUUCAGAACUACAACGCCCAGGACGAGAGGAGCAUCGCGGUGGACAACGUCCAGAGGAGUUUGCGUUGUUGUGGAGUUCUGAACUACACCAGCUGGUUCUCCAGCGUUUAUUUCCCUGUGAAUGGAAUUCCUCCGAGCUGCUGUGCUAACAUCUCUGACUGCAACGCCUCAGACCUGCGAAACGCCACCAUAGCGGUCACCAAAGUCCAUCAGCAGGGCUGCUAUGAGCUGGUGACGACUUUCAUUGAGACUAACAUGGGCAUUAUUGCUGGAGUAACGUUUGGAAUUGCAUUCUCACAGCUGAUCGGGAUGCUGUUGGCCUGCUGUCUGUCACGAUUCAUCACUGCCAAUCAGUACGAGAUGGUGUAGCGGCGUGUGCACAGGCACAGAAGACGUACGACACCUUGGAAAGGGAAAGCAACCCAAAAAUGCUAGCACACUCCAUUCUUUCUCAUCUCUUUUUUAUUCUCUCUCCUUUUUAUCUUUCAUUCUGUCUUUCCUGUCUUCUUUUUUCUCCUUUCCGUCAUUCCUUAAUCAUGCAGUUGUGCCAUGACCAAAGCCUCUCCUUUCGAAACGUCAGCGUUAGCGAGGAAAAGGAAAUGGUUUUAAGACGCACUCCUGUGCACGCGUACUUUACUCUGUACAAAAACCUUGCAUGCGGAAACCAUCUCACACACACUAGAACUAAAGUCAACAGUGUUUCUGUAACACUGCGUCCUAACCGGUCACAUACAAGCCAAUCGAUAUCGCAAUCUCUCUCUAGCUGCAUAUCAAAUAUGUUCAGGUUAGCUGUGGUUUUUGCCGCUUUUUCUAUUUUUAGACAGAGAAAUUACUCCAUAUUUGGAACUUAAACGCUACUUAAGUGUGGUUUGUUAGAUAUCUAUCCGUUUUUAAGAAGAAAAACGAUUGAAAAGCUUUGCAGUUGGUAGCUCCGCCCACAGUGAGUUCUCAUUGGUCCAGAUAGCUGUAUAUCACACAUCAAACGCUCUGAUUGGCUAUUGUGGCUUCGCGCAGUAUUUUCACACAUCUGGUUAGGACACGGUGUUACUUAACCCCUAAAAAAAUGACUUCAAUGCAAAUUUGUUAGUUAAUUGCUUUUUCAAGAGGAAAACUAUUAAAAAAAGAAAACAUUACAGAUGACAAGAUGUUUUUGUUGUUGUUGUUGCUGUUGUAAAAUCUUUGGCAAAGGGGUUUAUCUCAGAAAUGGCUUUUUUGUCUUCAUUUUUUGCUCUACAUCUCAGCGCUGGGUUGAAAGUGACUUGACAAAAUCACGUACAGAGUCAAAAACAUCAAUUUUGUCUUGUUGCGAAAGCCAAAAACAAGCAAUUUUCUGCCACAUAUAGCUGCGUACAGAACUCAAAUACAUUUAGACUGAAGUCUUAACAUGUGCCCUUAACACUAGUGGUAGAUAUUUCAGAGUACAGAUUUUCAGAGUAUUUCUAAACACUGUUGGAGCGAUUUAAUGGGUAACUUUGCAGUUUAUGGGUUGUAAUUACAGUUUUACACCAUAUCUAGUUUGCGAGACACUGUUUUUUCUAUUAUUUUGUGGCUUUUUACUGUAAGAAUGUAAUCAGCUCUGGGAAUUUUCAAUCUGCAUGAGAUAUAUGAAGGAUAACAAGAAUGAUAUUUCUAAGAAUGCUUAGAAAAAUAUAGCACCUUAAAAAAAGCUCAGUCAGAACGCUUUGUGAAACUUAUAUAUAUAUAUAUAUACACUGUUAUAUUACUUUUUACUCAAAGUAAAAAUAAUAAUAAUCAGCAUCAUGUCAUGCUAGAGUGAUUAUGUUGGCUCUUAAAAACAGAUAGUUAAACGCUGGAGGAAUUUGAUUUACAACUUUAUAUAAAGUGGAAUAAUCGCAGGUCUUCUGGAGGUUUUCUGCAUAAUAAAGCGCUUUUGUUGCUUCAUUUUUGCAAGAAUGAACCAAGCUUUAAGACACCUCUGCUGUUUAUUUAUUGUUUAUUUAUUUGCAUGUGUGGUAGAAAUCGCUGCAGUCUUUGGCUUUCUUUAUUUUUUAGUUUGAAUCGUGAAGUACUGUCAACUGAAUUCCAUAUUUGCGUGUUUCACUUUUUUAAAUUGAAUUUUGCGUUAUUGUUUUGUAUGGUUUUCUCAUUGAUCAUUAAUUCUCAUUUAGGACGUGUAGCUGUUUUAUUAAUAUGUCAAACCAUCCAUUUCUGCAGCUGCCCCUUGUGUUGAUGGGUCAUUAAGUAUUAGAGUCCAGAAUUCAUAGUCUGAACACACGUGAUGAACUACACACAUCUCCAGAUAGACGAGCGGAGUAAUAAUAUACUUUGUAUAAUAUAAAAAACUUUUAAAAUGCAUCACCAGCUAGCAUGCCAACAAAAUGUACGUUGAUAUUGUAAACAGCCGUGAUCUCUAUGAAUAAAAUGGUUCUUCGUCGUUA